AUGCCCCCCGACAUCCCCCGCAACCCUCAGGGGACCGGGGACGAGCAAUGGCCGCCAACACCUUCGCCAACCCUUGCGAUCGCGGAGCUCGACACCGAACGCAACGAGCUGGCACAGACGUGGAAGUGGUUCAACAGCCAUCUGCCGCCCGAGGAUCGGGUGGUCGACGGGGAUGCCCGCCCACAGACUGCUCACGACAUUGUCGAUCUCGUGCGCAAAACCCAGACCUACUGGAUGUCCCGGCCGCGGCAACGGGUGUACAGUCAGGCAUCCGCCCUCUGCGAUCGCCUGCUCCCCACCCUAGACACUCAUUCGGCGUUGCUGUCCGUUCUGCCUGAAUCCAGCCUCUACGCCCUGCUCUUUUAUGGGGUGCUCCAAUCGUUAUUGAAGGCAACGGUAAACUGCCCGCACCUCAUGGAGGGACUGAUCACAAUUCUCCUUGAUAUCCAUAACACCCUGAACUUUCCUGGAGGGACUCUUCCUCCGACCGAUGCCGCGGCUCCCAUUGCGAAAAUCUACGCCGUCACAUUUUUCUUGCUCUCGGAAUUUAUGGACUACUAUGUGCGGAGAUCCACCUGCAAGUCCUUAAAAAGCCACAACCAGGAUGUAUACGCCGAGUUUGAUCAUCUGGUCCAUCUCAUCCAGCGCCGGGCGCGCGAUCUCCCCUGGCGAGCGGAAGAUCGGAUGGAAUUGGACGAGGAAGAGUCGGUCUGGGAGACCCUCCCGUAUAAUGCCCGGGCUCUGUGGGAGGAGACCCGCUUGAGCCAGAUUGGGCGCCAGGGAACGGAGCGUCGUAUUGCCGCCCAGAAUACCAUCACCCGCCGAUUGAUAUGGGAUAUUCAGCAGAAUGCAGAGGACCGGGAACGUAUCCGUAAUGAGCGAGAGCACCUCCUGGCGCAGGCGCUGAGUGCCUUGAGCCAGCAGCUGCAGCCCGUUGAACAGAGUAGUGGCAUUGCUUGUUUGAGCACGGCUGCAGUCCAGAAUCUCGAUACAUCACAGUUUGAAUGGUCUCGAGGGUCGAAACGCCGCCUGGCCCGCCUCGAGCUUCAAAGUGCAUCGAAGCAUCUCCAGGCGUACUUUGACAACAACGAUCAGAUCGCCGAUGUUGAACCCGAGGUCAAGGUGGCUGCCGAGGGCAGUGUCAUUGCGUCUUUGAAGCAAUGGGCCACGAGCUUGCGGUCCCAGGCCCUGGCAGUGGGCGGGUCACCCACUGUCUCCCCCAGCCCCGUGGCACUCACGUCAGCCUGCUAUGCUUCCUUUGCCAGACAGGCACGACUCCCCGUCAUUUCGCAUUUCUGUUCCCUGCCCACCCAAGAGGUGCAGGGACUGACACCGCAAGAGCAAGGCGACGCAGUGUUGGAUCUAGGCGCAGAGCGGUUCCGCCAGCUAGACGGAAAGCUGGGUAGCUGGAAAGCAGCGUUGUCACUCAUCGACACGCUCGUCCACUUUGCUCCGCCUUUGCUGGUAUGUGUGAUCGAUGGGUUGGACCUGAUCAUUGACACAUCCACGGAUGCCCCGAUUCGCGAGCUAGUCCGCGUCCUCGUCACCCACACGCACCAAGCAAUUCUUACCAUGCCUGACGGCACCCGCAGCCCCGGUGCGUUGCUGAAAGUGCUCUUCACUGUCACCGGCCGACCCGCUGCCCUGGUGGAGACCAUGUCCGAGAACCAUCUGCUCCUCAGCGAGUCAAGCCAGUCGAGCGAACCCGCACCCUCCGAUCCCGUCCUGGCCUCAGAUGUCGGGGUGGUCAUGAUGAAUGCUUGA